AGUCAGCAGAGUUACACGUGAUAUUACGCAGGAGACAACACCGCUAGAGAAACAGGACCGAGAAGCGUGCCGAACUGAAAGAGAUCAGAGGAGAUAGAUGGCUAAUACGGCGGACGACUGGCUCUAUAAUGAUGAUCUUGACGUGUCUUUGCCCGGACGUGGCCGGCUGGACACCGACUCUCAAACACUGGAUGGAGAGGAUCUACUAGACGACAUGCUAACUGCUCCGUCUUCAGCCACCCUCAGAACUGACACACCCACCAAUGAUGACGAGUUGCUAGGGCCAAUCUCCCAUGAUACAACUGACACCAUUAUUGAAGGUCUGUCGUCACAUGUCAUGACAUUCCCAAAUCAAUUUGUGUGUUUUUCGUUUCUUCAUCCUUACCCCAUUCAUGAAUAAACAUCAUUUUCAAUAUUUCGCAGUUUCAGUUCCUACAAUUAGAACAACUUGUACCUAUGCAUCAACAAUGUGUGUAUACAGCCUCAGUCAUGAAAUGAACAUCAUUUUCAAUAUUUCACAGUUUCAUUUCCUACAAUUAGAACAACUUGUACAUACACAUCAACAAUGUGUGUAUACAGCCUCAGUCAUGAAAUGAACAUCAUUUUCAAUAUUCCAUACUUUCAGAACAACAAUGUGUGGUAUAUAUAUGUGCAAGGCACCUCCGUCAUGAAUAAACAUCAUUUUCAAUAUUUCACAGUUUCAUAUCCUACAAUUAGAACAGCUUGUACUUUUGCAGAAACAUGUGUACAGAAAUGGUAUUAUACCUAAGUCAUGAAUUAUCAAUAUUUCACAGUUUUGGUUCUUAAAAUUAGAACAGCUUGUACUGUUUUAAAGUAUGAAUUAGUCACUUCAUCAAAUCUCAUAAUGUGUACUUAAAUUACAGGACUGAUCCUCUUUGAUCAUUUCAUAUUUCACUUUCCUUUCUUUUAAUUAGAGAAGCGUAAAGUGAGAUGUACCAUGCCCGUUUUUCAAUAUUUCAUGUUUUGUCUAAAUAUUGUCUCUCUGAGUGUGUGCAUUUGUGUAUACAAAGUACAUGUAUAUACUUGCAAUGAUUUUGUGCCACUAAAACCUUUCACUUCAUAAUUUGUAUCUGCUGCAUUCUCCUCGUGACCACACCCACAUUAAUUGACGGUGGGCGUGGCUAACCUCAGACUCUGGCUCCGCCCGUUACAACGCUGACCGCAAGGCCAGGACCAUCCAAGCCAGAAUAGACGCCAACCUCACCUCUCAGGGCGUUGCCAUGAUGCACGGCGGACUCUCCAUCUUCUCACGGGAACCAAACCGCAAGAAUUCAUUCUACAUCGGGAACAUGAACUGGUGGACCACCGACCUCCACGUGAUAGCUACAGUCAAAGAUCACGGACUGGGGGAUGUGGUCUGUCUCAAGUUCUUUGAAAACAGAGCUAACGGACAGUCUAAAGGGUACUGUUUGGUUGAAGUGGCGUCAGAGUCACUAGCUCAGAACGCUCCCGACAAACUGGGCAACAUUGAAAUCCAUGAUCGUAAGCUGAUGAUAGCCCACGCUCUUCGGAUCAGUCCUCAUCAGUUUGAAUCAAAAUGCAAUCAGGCGAAGGAACAAGGAACGACACCCGUAUUUAGCAGCAAUUCGUUGUCUUCGUCGCCCGGGCAACUGUUGGGAAGUACGGGGAGUUCUGGACUGGCCAAGACCAGUACUGUGAAGACCACUCUUCCAGGAGUGAUUCCACCACUACCCAACCCUAUCUUCCCCCAACCUCCUCGCCCUCCUACCAUACCAGGGUUCCCCACACCGCCUUUUGCCGGCCUGAGGCCACCUGGACUGCCUGACUUCGCCAGCAUGGGGCUGCCGGGUAUCUUCCCUCCCCCCUUUCCCCCCAUUCCCAAUGCUUCGUCUAUUAACCCCUUCACCUCCAGACCUGGAGGACUGCCCACUCUACCACCCAUGCCCCCAGCAGCCCUGGCAGCUCUGGGCAGCGCGGGGGCUGCAGUUGGGAGCGAUGUGACAAAACUGACGGCUCCUCAUCUCAACCCUGCCUUCCUGCAGGACAUGAGUCAGAGUGGAGCCAAUAUGGCUGAGAUGCUGGCACAUGCAGCUGCAAGGUUCAGAAGCCAAACAGCUGCCUUCUCCAGCAUGAGUGUCAGCGGAGGUCGAGCCAGCCCUGGUGACAGGGGGAAGUCCCUCCCUAAUCACCCCAGCGACGAGGAGGUCUCGGAGACCAACCAGCGGAAUAAGGCUAUCUCUAGCAGUGCCAUCACUAGAGCCAUGUCUGAUGCCCAGGCUGGUGACUACGAGAGUGCCAUAGAUACGUUGAGGAUGGCGAUAACCCUCAUCAAACAGUCAGUCACUGCAAACUCCGAGGCUUCCCAGAUCAUGAUCCAGUCUCUUCAAGACUGUCUGCAGGGAAUGGAGCAGCAGCAGCAGUCCUCCAAUGCCAGCAAACGCUACAGGUCUUCCGGAGGUGGUAUGGGAGGAGGAGGAGGAGGAGGAGGGAGAGAGCACUUGAGCAGUCGACACAUCCACGAGACAAUGAAAGAUAGGGAGAGAGAUCACAGAGAUCUCCGUGACAUGCGUGAGAUGAGGGAGAUGCGUGACAUCAGGGACGUGAGGGAUUUCCGUGACGACCGUGCGAUGAGGAGUGGCCACAAGAUUUCCAAACACCAUCGCGACAGAAGUAGAGAGCGGCGAAGAUGACGAAUACUUAGUUUUGAACUCCUGCUAUAAUUUUGCAUGCAAUUUUGUGAUUUUGCUUAUGCCUAAAUGUUUUCAUCAUGACUUUAUAUAUAUUUAGUACAUGUGCUGUAAUGAUACUGUACUUAGAGAAUUCAAUAACAAGCCAACUGGACGAUUAACUAACUUUUGCCAUGCAAUGCCACAUUGCAAAAAUCAAACUCCCAUAUAUAAUUUAUACUGCUUAUUGCACAGUUUCUGCACCGCU